AUGAGACAAGCGGGCCUGCCUUGGCAACCGAGGCUAGCCGGUGUCAACGACCGGAGUGAAGUCACUGCGGUUAAACUAGCAGACGAGUCGAGCAAGAAGAAGUGUAUACAGCGCAUAGAAUGUAGUUAUGUGAAUAAAAAAAAUUGGAAGCAUCAUGAAUUAAAUCGGGUACAGGUGAGAAAUGUUGUCAAAUGUGAUGACUUUGAAAGCACCACUGAAGCAGCACAGAAUGGUGGACAAAAUGACCGCAGAAAGCGUUUGAAAAGUAAAAUGAGCCUGGAAGAAAUCAGUGAAAUUACGUACAAAGUCUCAGGGGGGUUCAAGGUAAAACGGAAUAAAAACUGUGCGACAAUUUCUCGCAACUUGUCACUCGUUCGUGCAUUCAAAUGGAAAAGCAUCCACUUUGGCUCUGAAAUGCGGAGAUAG